UUCCCCGGUCCCUCCUCCCGCUGCUCGCGUGCUCCGGGCCGGCCCAGCACCCGCCGAGUUACGUGCCCGCUCUCCCCGGCGGGGAGGAGCGCAGCCGCGGGGGCGCGCCCUGGUGACUCCGCCCCCCAGCUCCCCUCCCCUGAGCCCGGGAGCCCGGCUCGCGCGGCUAGGUGCGAGGAGACCCGGGACCCCACGCACGCCCGCCCGCCCUGCCCAGCGCCCCCACCCCGGCGUGCGAGGCGCCGCUCCCUCCUCUGCCCUGCGAGGUGCAUGGAGGGGCCCGUUCGGAUCGCAGCCGCCGCCACCGUAGCCGCCGCCGCGCGCGCGCGGGGGGAUGACCUGGGGGUGGCUUUCCGAGCCGGCUGCAGCGCAGGAGGUCUGGAGGCUUAGCCAGCCCUGCGGAGAGUGAACCAAGGCCUGGAUUUUGCUCUGGAAGCCUGUCCUGACUGCUUCUGUAAUCUGGCGCUAUGCAUCCGGAUCUUGGACCCUUAUGUACACUGCUGUAUGUUACUCUUAUAAUUCUGUGCUCUUCUGUGAGUUCAGACUUGGCACCUUAUUUUACUUCUGAGCCGCUCUCUGCUGUCCAGAAACUUGGUGGACCUGUAGUACUGCAUUGUUCUGCUGAACCUGUGACCACUCGUAUCUCAUGGUUGCAUAAUGGAAAAAAAUUGGAUGGAAACCUGGAACAUAUUAAGAUUCAUCAGGGGACUCUGACAAUUCUUUCUCUCAACUCCUCUCUUUUGGGUUACUACCAGUGCCUUGCCAACAAUAGCAUCGGUGCCAUUGUGAGUGGCCCUGCGACAGUAUCUGUGGCAGUUCUUGGUGAUUUUGGUUCAUCCACAAAGCAUGUUAUUACAGCAGAAGAAAAAAGUGCUGGUUUCAUUGGCUGCAGGGUACCGGAGAGUAACCCCAAAGCUGAGGUGCGCUAUAAAAUCCGGGGAAAAUGGCUGAAACAUUCCACAGAGAAUUACUUAAUCCUUCCAUCAGGAAAUCUUCAGAUUUUGAACGUAUCCUUAGAGGACAAGGGAUCAUACAAAUGUGCAGCUUAUAAUCCUGUCACACAUCAAUUAAAAGUUGAACCUAUUGGCCGAAAGCUCCUUGUGAGUCGUCCUUCUUCAGAUGAUUUUCACAUUCUUCACCCCACGCAUUCACAGGCAUUAGCUGUUCUUUCUCGUAGCCCUGUAACCUUGGAGUGUGUGGUGAGUGGGGUCCCGGCUCCUCAAGUGUAUUGGCUAAAGGACGGGCAGGACAUUGCACCAGGAAGCAACUGGAGAAGGUUGUAUUCUCAUCUUGCCACCGAUAGCGUUGACCCGGCGGACUCCGGAAACUAUUCCUGCAUGGCGGGAAACAAGUCUGGAGAUGUAAAAUAUGUGACUUACAUGGUUAAUGUACUUGAACAUGCUUCCAUUUCUAAAGGACUACAGGAUCAGAUAGUGUCUCUGGGUGCCACAGUACACUUUACUUGUGACGUUCAUGGGAACCCAGCCCCCAACUGUACCUGGUUUCACAAUGCACAGCCUAUUCAUCCUUCUGCACGACAUCUAACUGCAGGAAACGGACUGAAAAUCAGUGGGGUUACCGUGGAAGAUGUUGGGAUGUAUCAGUGUAUAGCAGAUAAUGGGAUUGGAUUUAUGCACUCUACUGGAAGACUUGAAAUUGAAAAUGACGGUGGAUUCAAGCCAGUUAUAAUUACGGCACCAGUAAGUGCAAAGGUUGCAGACGGAGACUUUGUCACUCUGUCCUGCAAUGCCAGUGGGCUGCCGGUUCCGGUCAUUCGUUGGUAUGGCAGCCAUGGAUUGAUAACCAGCCAUCCAUCUCAAGUCCUGAGAUCGAAAUCCCGAAAAUCACAGUUAUCAAGACCUGAGGGCUUGAACCUGGAGCCUGUGUACUUCGUCAUGUCCCAAGCUGGUGCAAGCUCUCUCCAUAUUCAGGCUGUGACUCAGGAACAUGCGGGGAAAUACAUGUGCGAAGCUACAAAUGAACAUGGUACCACACAGGCAGAAGCAUCUCUCAUGGUUGUUCCUUUUGAAACAAAUACAAAAGCAGAGACAGUCACACUUGCUGAUGCUGCUCAGAAUGAUGACAGAAGUAAGAGAGAUGGUUCAGAAACUGGGUUACUGAGCUCAUUUCCGGUGAAGGUCCAUCCCAGUGCAGUGGAAUCAGCACCAGAGAAAAAUGCCAGCGGCAUCUCUGUUCCUGAUGCCCCCAUCAUACUGAGCCCCCCACAGACCCACACACCAGACACGUACAACCUGGUGUGGAGGGCAGGCAAGGAUGGUGGGCUGCCCAUCAAUGCUUACUUUGUGAAGUAUCGUAAGCUGGACGAUGGGGUUGGCAUGCUGGGAAGCUGGCACACGGUUCGAGUCCCAGGAAGUGAAAAUGAGCUCCAUUUAGCUGAGCUGGAGCCAUCUAGUCUUUAUGAAGUCUUGAUGGUAGCAAGAAGCGCAGCAGGUGAAGGCCAACCUGCCAUGCUUACCUUCCGAACCAGCAAAGAAAAAACAGCAUCAUCAAAAAACACCCAGGCAUCCUCUCCACCCGUGGGCAUCCCUAAGUAUCCCGUUGUUUCAGAGGCUGCAAACAACAAUUUUGGAGUGGUACUUACAGAUUCCUCUAGGCACAGUGGAGUUCCAGAGGCACCAGAUCGGCCUACCAUCUCCACUGCAUCAGAGACAUCAGUCUAUGUCACUUGGAUUCCUCGGGCAAAUGGGGGUUCUCCAAUCACUGCCUUCAAAGUCGAAUAUAAACGGAUGAGGACCAGCAAUUGGCUGGUGGCAGCUGAAGACAUCCCUCCUUCCAAACUUUCAGUGGAAGUUCGUAGUUUAGAACCAGGUUCAACAUACAAAUUUAGGGUCAUUGCCAUCAACCAUUAUGGUGAGAGUUUUCGGAGUUCAGCAUCUCGUCCUUAUCAGGUGGCUGGCUUCCCCAAUCGCUUUUCCAACCGUCCAAUAACUGGACCUCACAUUGCAUACACAGAGGCUGUCAGCGAUACUCAGAUCAUGCUAAAGUGGACGUACAUUCCAUCAAGUAACAAUAACACUCCCAUUCAAGGAUUUUACAUCUAUUACCGACCAACAGAUAGUGACAAUGACAGUGAUUACAAGAGGGAUGUUGUAGAAGGUUCAAAGCAGUGGCACAUGAUUGGCCACCUGCAGCCAGAAACCUCCUAUGACAUUAAAAUGCAAUGCUUCAAUGAAGGAGGAGAAAGUGAAUUUAGCAAUGUGAUGAUCUGCGAGACUAAAGUGAAACGUGUUCCUGGAGCUUCUGAAUAUCCUGUCAAAGACUUGAGUACCCCUCCAAAUUCUUUGGGAAGUGGAGGAAAUGUGGGGCCUGCAACCAGCCCUGCCAGAAGCAGUGACAUGUUAUAUCUGAUCGUUGGCUGUGUGCUGGGCGUCAUGGUCCUCAUUCUGAUGGUUUUCAUUGCAAUGUGCCUGUGGAAGAAUCGCCAGCAGAAUACCAUACAAAAAUAUGACCCACCAGGGUAUCUCUACCAAGGAUCAGAUAUGAAUGGGCAGAUGGUGGACUACACCACUCUCUCAGGAGCAAGUCAGAUAAAUGGAAAUGUUCAUGGAGGCUUCCUAACCAAUGGCGGUCUCAGCAGUGGCUAUUCCCACCUUCACCAUAAGGUCCCCAACGGAGUCAAUGGAAUUGUGAAUGGGAGCCUAAAUGGAGGGCUUUACUCCGGGCACAGCAACUCUCUAACGAGGACACACGUGGAUUUUGAACAUCCUCAUCAUCUAGUGAAUGGUGGUGGAAUGUACACGGCCGUGCCUCAGAUUGACCCUCUGGAGUGUGUUAACUGCCGAAAUUGUCGAAACAACAAUAGGUGUUUCACCAAAACCAACAGCACUUUCAGCAGCAGCCCUCUUCCUGUGGUCCCUGUGGUAGCACCUUAUCCUCAGGAUGGUUUGGAAAUGAAGCCCCUCAGUCACGUGAAGGUGCCUGUAUGCCUGACUUCCACAGUCCCUGAUUGUGGCCAGUUGCCGGAGGAGAGCGUCAAGGACAAUGUGGAACCAGUCCCUACUCAGCGUACCUGCUGUCAGGACAUUGUAAAUGACGUCAGCUCUGAUGGCGCAGAAGAUCCAGCAGAGUUCAGCAGAGGAGACAGCUGUGCCCAUUCAGAAACAGAGAACAACAUUGUAAGUUGGAAUGCUCUUAUUUUGCCACCUGUCCCAGAGGGCUGUGCUGAAAAGACAACGUGGUCUCCGCCUGGCAUUCCUUUAGACAGCCCGACAGAGGUCCUUCAGCAGCCCCGGGAAACCUGAGGACAUGCAAACAACCAGUCGUGUUCCAACUUCAAGCCAGUAACUGCACACAACAGGCCUGGGAGCGAACUGUGUGAAGGACCUUAAUUCAAAUCAGAGAAAAUCAUUAUUUAUUUUUUUGUAGUAGUAAUGUCAUAUGAAUGUAUCUUAAAACGUGUGCCCUUUUAUAUUAUUUAUGCCUUAAAUGUUUUCUUCCCCAUUCCUUCCUCCCCCUUGGUAGGAAACAACCUUGUUUUGCAUAGUAUUCAGUCACCUGGAGGGCAGAGGGGUCCUUCCAUGUUUUCUAACAGCUAUAGUGACAGCAAGAGCUCCUCAUGCAAAGGAUCCCAUCUCUUGGCUGCUUCUGCUAGGAGGGAAUGCAGGGGCCAGUUGAAGGUUGCCACCAGCUGGGUUUUCAGGUGGAAAAUGGUCUUUCAAUAGUGUAUUCUCAGACUUUUUUUUUGGUUGUUUUUUGAGAUGGAGUCUUGCUGUCAUCCAGGCUGGAGUGCAAUGGCUCGAUCUCGGCUCACUGCAACCUCUGCCUCCCGGGUUCCAGCAAUUCUCCCGCCUCAGCCUCCCGCGUAGCUGGGACUACAGGCACCUGCCACCACGUCCAGCUAAUUGUCUUGUAUUUUUAUUAGAGACAAGGUUUCAGGCUGAUUUUGAACUCCUGACCUCAAGUGAUCCACCCGCCUCCGCCUCCCAAAGUGUGAGGAUUACAGGCGUGAGCCACCACGUCCGGCCUGUAUUAUCAGACUUUCUGAGAACACUUUGAAAUCAACUGCAGUUGUGACCCAUGUUUAUAAUAACAGACCUGGCUGACGGAUUUUACAAGAGUGCCUUCCGCAAAAGUGGUAAUGUGACCUGUUGACUUUGUAUCUGCACGUGGGCACGAGUGAUGUUCAGUUUGCUGGGCACUAGUCACAGUGUUAUGGACGUGGUGGAGUGUAAGGUCUUGAUGAAUUACGGCAGAAUGCAGAAAAGGAACCAAGGCCGGAGAGACAAAUAAUGCCUCGUGUCCCACUGCUUUAAAAUUACAUUAAUUUAUAAAAUGGCCACUAUGGGCUCUUUUUGACUGUUUCUCAGAGUAGGAACAAAAUAAGACAUUAAAUGGUGGCUUGAAGAGAGAGAUACACAUUUUCAGAAGAAAGAAAGGGGAGGGCUGCAGGGAGCCUGUCUUGGCGGGAGCUCUCCAGUCUGCUGGAUUAGCACGAGGACACGCUUAGGACACGCUUAUGGUGCCGUGACGCCGAAACUAGUCAUCCCCCAUCUCCAGCAUAGGCAACGGCCUGCAGGGGGCAGUGUCAGAAAAGACUUACUUUGGAAGAAAAGGGGUUUUUUUUGUUUGUUUGUUUUUUGUUUUUGUUUUCCUGAAAUUUCCUGAUAUCUUUUUCAGAAUGUCACCCUUGUAAAUAGGCACCUAAAGCGUUGGUCAGCAGAGCUCCUGACCACGGCUGCCUCUGCGUGACAAGGACAUUUGCAGCUGCCUUUGGAAGGCUCUUCACAUUAAAAAACAAUAAUUAUGUAAGUGUGUUUCAUAGCUUGAGUCAAGCUUUCAAGGAUCACUGCUCCUUUUUGCAUUGUGCAUCCCUUUGGGGAAAGAAACAGAAAAUUAUUCUCUUUCUAUAGAGUCAAGCAAUUCCAGCAGAAGUGAAGAAAUGUUAGUUUCCCAGAAAUCGCAGUGGAAUAGAAUAUAAUACUGUGUUAACCAACUUUCUGUAUAAAUGCAUCAGUAUUCCCUUACAUAUGUCUACAUAUUUUAUAAUAGAACUGUUAGUGAAAAUGUGCUUGUUUAAGCUGGGUCACUAUGCAAGAGUUACUUCCAGUAGAAUGUAGUGAAUGUAAUUCCCUAGUCGGAUAUUAGGGAUGCUGUAGACCCAAAUUCUACAUUCCAGAUGUCCGUGCCUAUAGUAUACUGGAUUUAUUCUUCAUGUUGCUUAGAUGCAAUUAGCUCUGGAGGGGGAUAGCUGCAUCCCUUAUUUCUGUGACUAGCAAAGGACAAAGUCCCAGCACACAGAAUAUGAAAACAUACCCUGUGUUAGCCAGUCAAGUUACAGCAAUGCUGUCACAAAGGGAGUUUUAGAAAACUGGGGAGUCACUGACUGUAGACAGCCAUUUUGAUUCAGGAAACAGGUGUAUUAGCAUGAGCCUUAGGUCAUGAACUGCUUUUAAAGAUUGAGUUUGAAUAUGGGAUCUGUCCAUGAGGAGGAGAAAAUGGCUUUACCUUUAGGACAAUCUCAUUGUGAACUGCUUUAUUUAUGUUAUUAGUAACGCUGUUUUAAGUGUUAUUCUUUUUAUUGUAUUUUAUUUAUAAAAAAUGCCUUUAUAUAUUGAAAUAUAUAAAUAUAUAUAUAUAUUAUAUAUACACACACACACACAUAUAUAUAAUUGCCUUUAUGUUUAGCCGGUAUGAGUUCUCCCUAAGCAUGAGUUGGCUCUGAACCUUUCUGCCCUGCACAGGCACCCAAACAGUCCUACCUAAUGUCACUUCACCAGGAAAUGAGAGGACAUGGUACAGUGUGGGAGAUAGCACUAACACGUGUUGAAUAACUACUGUGUACCAGGCACUGUGCUUGGUGCUUGUUACUGUUAACUCAUUUAACCCCCACAACUCAUCUGCAAAGUUGGUGUUAAAAUCCCCAAGUCACUCAGUGAGCCAUGGGACCUGAAUCUGAACCUAGUUUAUCUGGAGCCGUAAUCUGGGCUCCUCCCAUUUUUCCAUACUGCUUUCCAAAAGCAUUGCGGUUCACUCUUUGGAUGGAACCAGUCCCGUUCCGUAUGCUGUGAUCUAUCCCUGCCGUGGAAUUCCUCCGAGGCUCCAACUCUGCAGCCGGAGAAGCUGCCCUCUGGCCUCCGCGGGCAGAGCUCUGCUUAUGACUUCGUCUUCCAGAGGUCCACACUUCUCCCCUUGACGCCCCGUCUACCACCUCCACCUGGAAAUUUGAUCUUUACUGUGCUCAGUGAUCACGAAAUUGGUCAAGCCUCUUCAUGUUCCUUCUCAUCUAGAAUUCUGCAUGAUUGUUUUAGCAUAAACUGCCCCGCUCCCACUGUAUCAUUUCACGAUCUCCUUUUAAUGUUUUUCUUUCAGUUUUGCACUGACAGUCUGGUGACAGGUGCUGCCAGGGUGCAAGUUACAUUGCAAUGUUCUAAACCUUUUGAAGUGUUCUUAGCAAAAGCCUUUCUUUCUGGGUGUUGUUUUUGUCGAAUGAGUCUAUGAAGACUCAAUGCAUCCAUCUUGGGCUGAUCAUGCCGCAGAUCUCAUUCCAGCUACAGUACUGCCAAGAAGUGAAGUUUAUCAUUGAAUUUUACCUGUGUUGCUCUCUUUUAAAGUAAGGACUUUGAGAUGCAUGCUUUGUAUCAUAUUGAAAAGUAUGUUUUAUUUUCCUUAAAGUGUAAUAUUAUGUGUGAAACUGUACAUAUUUUAAAUGAUGUAGCUUUGGCAGGUUUUAUUUGGUUGAUAUGAUUUUAUAUUAAAAGAGAAGGCUGCUUUCAUAUAGCAUAGCCCCUGAAGGUGGGGAUACUCCCUGUUUGUACAACGCUGCUUAUAGUUUGUGAUUGGGGUGGGCGAAUGUCUUCCUCUGAAAUUCUUUGGAACCCCCACCCCUGUCCUCCCCUGAAACUCCCCUGUGCACACCCCUCUGUUCUGACUGCAGAGAUCAAGGCCCUGAAGGAGCAGGAUCUUGGGCAAGUGUUUUAGGGGAGGCUGAGAACAUACCUGACCCUGGGGGCGAUGUGGAGGCAGGCCCACCUCCUCGGGGCAACUUUGCAUUUCUUUGGAAGGAAGGGAGGUGGGUAGGAGAGGAGCUUGGGAGGAUGAGGAGGAGCGGUCCUGCCUCACACAUUGUCUAUUUUUACCAUUAACCUAGGGCCACAUGUUUAUGAAUUUCAGGAUAGAAAUUUAGCCUCCUUGUGAAAACGUUUUGUUUUACUGCCCUAAGAAAAUACACAUCUCUAGGCUUGUCUGACCAGAAAGCCAGCAUCUUUUGCAUCGGGUGUGGCCCUUUUGUAUUUUAUUUCCCAUAUUUAAAUAAGCCUUCCUUAAACCCUAGCCCCAGUCCUGAGAGCUUUGAGGGUAGCCGAAACCCCUUAUCUAAUAAAGUCUAACUCUGUGAGAACCACAGAAUCUUCUUAAGUUUCUCAA